GAGAAUCCAAUCCGGUUUGAGCUAGUUUGUGUUUCGAUGGGACGUUAACGGCUUCCUGAGCUCAAACAGCCCUGUGUGUCUUUUUACCGAGCUAACUCUGCACUCUUAGCUAUUUUUAGUCUCUCUUUUUUUUAAUCUUGUUUACUUUCCCCCUCCUGGUCGCCUGUUCUUAUUUUUUGUGUGGGUUUAAAUUACACCUUAAAACAGCCAUGCCCAAAAAGAGCAAAGCAAACAAUGACACUGAAGCCACUGAGCCCAAAAGGAGAUCUGAGAGAUUGGUAAACAAGCCGGCGCCUCCGAAGGCAGAGCCGAAACCAAAGGCAAAGAAGGCACCUGCCAAACCUAAAAAGACUAAGGAGCCCAAGGAGGACAAGCCCAAGGAUGAGGAGAAGAAAGAGGACAUCCCUGCUGAGAAUGGCGAGGCAAAGGCCGAGGAUGAGGAACCAGCGACAGAAGAGACAGAGAAGAAGGACAAUGCAGCGGAAUAACAUCUUGUCUCGAACCAUUGCUCCCUGUACCUCUCUUCUUGUACAAUUCAGGGGAAUAUUUUUAUCUACUAUUUUCUAAAGGCAGUUUUUUUAGUAGUUUGAUUGUAGAGACACAUUUUUUUAUGAAAGCUACAAUGCAUUUUGAGGGGGAUUUCAUCCCAUCCCGUAUUUGUACAUCCAGAACGGUAAUUGUCUGUCAGUUCCUCUUUUCAAAGUGGGAAGGAGUUACGCCAUGGGUGCGAACACACACACACACACUGCGCAUGGCAUUCACAAAGACAGUUGGACAACUCGCCCAAAUGACUAACAUUCCAUUGGCUCAAUGAGGGAUUUUUUGUUUUGUUUUGUUCUGAAUGUGUGUAACCUGUUAUGUAUGUGUGUGUGCGGUGGGGAGGGGGCGCGAAUCACUCUUUUGAAUCACGUUUUCUUGUUUAUAAUGAGGCAGAUUACUUAGGACAUUUGUAAGCUGUGUACUGUCUGUUAAUUCUUGUACCAAUUCUGCUUAAUAAACCUACUUUGUAGUACUGGAGCUCUCCAUGUCAGCCCUGUGCAUCAUCACGUUUUGAUUUGUCAUCUUUCCUGUGAUAGCACCACAAUAGAUCUAUAUAGCGGCUGUGAAACGAUCUUUGACUUUAUAUGCAGCAGCGUGUAACGGGACCUUGUCCAUAUGGUCAAAACUGAAUCUGGGGGGAAAGCGAAAAUGCAUCGAUGUGCUAAAGGUCAACCACCUUUUUAGGCCAGUCUGAAGAUUGAGCGUAAGAUCUAGCAAACUGUACAGCACUCGUACCAGCAGUAGCAAUAUACACGUGCAACUACAAGUGUACAGUUUCUUUCAGAUCAUUGUUUAUAGAUGUAUCUGUGUAUUGUUUGAUUAAAGCGAGCCAAUAAAAAUUGUUUGUGACA